AUGGAGGCAGAUUGGGAUGAAUUGUCGCGCAUUCCAGUGCCACCGCCGAGUGCACAUGGGCUGCCGACAAUCGCGACAACGGUAGCUUUUGACGAUCUCAUGGAGCUUCUUUGGACGGGCAAUGAAUUUGGCCGACUUUCGUCGUUCUUUGGACCAGAUUUGCAGCGCUAUACCUCCGUUCGUGCCCACCCUGUCUCGGAUGGCGGCGUGCGGCAGAUCGUAUUUCAUCAACGCGGUGUGAUUUCGUUGUCCUCGAAGAGCGUGCACAUGAUUACGCGACGCGGCUUGACACAAUGGCACGUCACACACGAAGAGAUGGUCGAUCUUCGAUGCAUGAGUUUCACGGCCCAGACAAAUCGAAUCUUGGUUGCGGGCUGUCAACGUGCAAUGUUCACUAUCGACAUUGAUAAAGGCAUUAUUGUCGACAAGCUUCAUACAGACUUCAACUAUACACUCAUGAAGAAAAGUCGAUAUCUCUGCGCGGCAACGGAUACUGGCUCUGUGAAUGCACUUAGCCUGGCUGAUUUUAAGGUCGUUAAGUCGUGGAAAGCUCAUGGGACGGCUAUAAAUGAUAUGGAUGCGCGAAAUGACUUGCUCGUGACUUGUGGAUUUUCUGUUCGUCACCUCGGUGCUCCGAUCGUCGACCCGCUGGCCAACGUCUAUGACUUAAAAACACUAUCGCCGCUUCCUCCCAUUCCGUUCCAUGCGGGUGCGGCAUACGUGCGGAUGCAUCCGAAGUUGCAUACCACAAGCUUCGUAGCUUCUCAGACGGGUCAGCUACAGGUUGUGGAUUUGAUGAAUCCCAACACGAUCAACUUGAGACAGGCCAAUGUCACUUUUAUGCUGGGGUUUGAUGUGUCGCCUUCUGGAGAAGCCCUGGCUAUCAACGAUGCAGAGUGUGCCAUUCAUUUAUGGGGGUCCCCCAAUAAGGUUCACUUUAACGAAUUGAGCAAAGAAAUCGAAUUUGCCGAUGUCCCCACACGACUCCCUCCUGUCGACUGGUCUCCGGAAACACCGUUGAACAUGGUGGGAAUGCCUUAUUAUCACGACCGGCUUUUUUCCGCAUGGCCCAGCCACCUCGUCUUCGAAGUUGGCAAUCCUCCGCCUCAAGUGGACCAGUCGCUGCUGCCAUACUUGCGCCCAGCUGAAGUUGGACAUGGUGCACCCAAUCCCCGAAAGAAUCGCCGAUACCAGAUGGAAAACACCCGCUCCAUGGCCACGGCUGAACCUGCUCUGAUUGCUCCAAAGUUUUUGAGUGAAAAGGCUCGGGAUCAGGGUAAAUCUGACUCGAACAGUUCUGUAAUCGAGGCAGCUAAAGGUCUGGCUGGCGCUAAGAUCAAUGGCGAAGCGGACGACGAUCCUCUCCUGAAGUACAGCAACGUUGAAAUCAAAUACAGUCGCUUCGGUGUCGAUGACUUUGACUUUCGAUUUUACAAUCAAACUACUUUCUCGGGUCUGGAAACUCAUAUAGCCAACUCUUUCACCAACUCCCUUCUUCAACUUCUCAAAUUCAUCCCUCUCUUCCGAAACCUUGCUUUGAAUCACGCCGCUGGAGCGUGUAUCUUUGAAAAUUGCCUUCUGUGUGAAUUGGGCUAUCUGUUCGACAUGCUGGAAAAGGCAAAUGGACAAAACUGUCAGGCAACAAACUUGUUGAAAACAUUCAGCAGUUUCCGGGAAGCAUCUAACCUGGGCCUUCUGGAGGAGAAUCUCACGAAUAAAUCUCUGUCAACAGCGAUUCAAGCUGUGAAUCGGUUCUUCUUAACGCAGGUCGCCCACGACUUCCGAACGAUCCAGCCCAAUGCUGAGGAUCUCGACCAGCGUCUUGCAACGAUAGCCUCGGAAUCAAUUCGAUGCAUGUUUUGUCAAAACGAAACCGUGCGCCCAGGCAAUUCUCUGGCGAACGAGCUUCUCUACCCAAACCUGGACAUUAAGCACGCGCGACGCAAUCCGGCAUUCCGGUUCUCUAGCAUCCUGCGCGCCAGUAUCGAGCGCGAGACUCAAAAUCGAGGGUGGUGCAAUUACUGUCGCCGUUACCAACAAGUCAUGAUACGCAAAACCGUUCACCGGAUGCCAUUGAUCCUCAUCUUGAAUGCGGCAUUAACAAACCCCGCGUGCCGUCGCCUUUGGUCUAUUCCUGGAUGGCUACCCGACGCGGUUGGUGUAGUAAUUGACAACGGUCAAGUGAUGUGCUUCGAAGGCGACGAGCUUCGUGCACGUGAGCAGAGCAACACGCCAGAUCUGGUUGUGUACGACUUGGUGGGUCUUGUUGCUGAGAUUGAUAUCCCGGAGCAUCAGAAAGCGCAUCUGGUCUCAUUUGUAAAUGUUUCAAUUUCGGAGCCAGAAUCCCAAGCCUCCACCGACAAGUGGCACCUGUUUAACGAUUUCCUGGUCACGGAGGUGGAUCGGGAUGAGGCUCUGCGGUUCACGCAGCCUUGGAAGCAGCCUUGCGUCCUGGCAUUCCAGGUGCGAAGCGCACGUCAUGGCGUUGAUGACUCUUGGAAGAACUCUUUGGACACGACGUUGUUGUUCCGCGAGUGGUCUUUGAAUGGCGGACGACAAGUCAAGUCAUGUCGCACUUUGACCGAAGAGGAGAAGCCCACGGCUGGCACCCCAGUCGCACUUGACACUGAAUUUGUUGACCUUGAGAAAGCUGAAAUCGACGUGAAGGCAGACGGAUCGCAUGAAAUCGUCCGCCCCAACAAGAGUGGUUUGGCACGGGUUUCUGUGUUGCGGGCUUCGGGUGAGGAUGAAGGUUUACCUUUUAUUGACGACUACAUUACCAUUCGAGAAAAAAUUGUCGACUACGUGACCCAGUAUUCUGGAAUAAAGCCCGGUGACCUUGACCCGCGCAAGAGCGAGCACAACCUUGUUCCCUUGAAGGUCGCAUACAAGAAGCUCUGGCUAUUGCUGAACCUUGGGUGCAUCUUCGUCGGUCAUGGACUGGCUUCAGACUUUCGAAAAAUCAACAUCCAGGUCCCCAAAUCACAGACCGUGGAUACGCAAUAUCUUUUCUUCCAUCCCGGCAAAAACCGCCGUCUGAGUCUCCGGUACCUGGCUUGGGCCGUCUUCAAAGAGUAUAUUCAGGAAGAGCCGACCUCUGAAGUGAUUCACGGGCACGACUCCAUAGAGGAUGCACGCAUGGCCAUGCGUCUCUGGAAGAAGUUCCAAGAGUAUGAAGAUGCCGGGGUCGUCGCUCUGAUGCUAGAAGAGAUCUUCCGCGAAGGCUCGAAGCAUGGGUUCCGACCUCCUCCGAAGAAUGGUGGCCUCAGCUCAGCGGCAGUUCUCUCUCGUCCUGGUACCGCUGUUGCACUGUCCAGUCCCAACGGUCGUGGCACCUCUGCUGCUGAUACCGGAGUAGCAUCGACUUCGGCUGCCUCCGUCACUUCGCCGGUGCCUGCGUCUGCUGUCCUUUCGGGGCCUAUGAGUGCCCCGGCUACACCACGCCAGGCUUUCCGCCGUUCGAUUGCCCUCACUCCUAGCAAUGGCAGUUUCUCAGGUCCCGGGGCAGGCGACUUUUUUGGUGGCAGUCCUCUGCGUUAG